AUGAGCAGUGUAAGGAGUAGAAAUAACGAUCGAGUAAAGAUGUCACCAGAAGAAAAUUCACAUGAGAAUCCACGGGAACAAUCUCAAGGGAGUGUUUUCAGUGACGACGAUGGAGAUGACAUGUCGCAUAGAACAAUGAGUAGAAGAGCAUCUAGCAUCUUUUCUUUCAGUGCGGCAGAAUUAGAACCUCCAAAUGAGACAGAUAUCGAGAAAUUUACUAGCGAUCAAUACCACUUUAGUAUGAUUAGAAACUUGCAUCUAGCAGAUUUUAUUACUAUGCUUAAUGGUUUUUCAGGAUUUUAUUCUAUAGUAAGUUGUUUGAGAUUUUGUUCAACUAAUAAACCGCAUUAUGUGCAAAGGGCUCAUUUUUUCAUAUUUCUUGGGAUGUGCUUCGAUUUCUUUGAUGGAAGAGUCGCACGUUUGAGAAAUAGAUCUUCAUUGAUGGGUCAGGAACUAGAUUCUUUGGCAGAUUUAGUCUCGUUUGGCGUUGCACCAGCUUCGAUUGCAUUUGCUAUUGGAUUUCAAACAACUCUAGAUGUCCUGGUUCUUUCUUUCUUUGUCUUGUGUGGAUUGGCAAGAUUGGCAAGAUUUAAUGUUACCGUUGCUCAAUUACCCAAGGACAGCGGUGGCAAAUCAAAGUAUUUCGAAGGUUUACCAAUGCCAACAACUUUAGCUUUGGUCUUAUGGAUGGCGAUUUUGGUAAGGAAAGGGUUAAUCAUUGAAGACAUUCCAUUUGGAGUCUGCAGAAAAGGUUUAUUCCUAGAGGUUCAUCCAAUUGUUGCAGUCUUCUUUUUGCAUGGUUGCGGUAUGAUAUCAAAAAGCUUGAAAAUCCCAAAGCCUUGA